AUGGCCAGCAUGCGCACAAUAGUCGAUGUGUGCGUGUCGCGCAACUGCACGUACGCGGAUCAGCUAGAGGCUCGAGGUCUACAGUCCCGAAUAUGCGAUUCUCCAGUUCGCGACAGGUCACACGUGGUCAACCAGCUAGCAUGGGCGAUGUUCGGGAUUGCGACCUUCUUCUUCCUCGGCCGCGUUGUUUCUCGGAUCACGACCUUCGGCGGCGCGGGUUUCUACUGGGACGAUUGUGCCUGCGUAUCUUGCUAUGUCCCGCUUGUCGGCAUCGCAGUGCUGCUUCAACUCGCUGUCAACAAUGGUUUGGGUCAAGAUGAUUAUCGCAUCGGCGUUGCGAAUGUCAACGAAUUCCUCAAGGAAUUCUACGCUGCGGAACUACUCUACAACUAUGUCAUCAUCUUCACGAAGAUUUCAAUCAUCCUUCUAUACAUCAGAACUUGGUGGGAUAGUAGCAGAGACAACCAUCGCCCUUUCCGAGUCGUUUGCUGGUGUCUCGUCGCUGUACUCGUCGCAACAGUAACGGCAGUUGGCUUCGCCGAGAUCUUCCAAUGCACGCCCGUUUCAUACACGUGGAAUCAAGUCCUACCCGGGCAGGAAAGAGAGGGAACCUGCAUUAGCCGGCGCUCAAUCUUCUACGCAUUCGGAGCCUUGAACAUCUGCUACGAUGUCAUCGUCCUCUUUCUCCCAGUCCCGCUCCUUCUCACGCUCCAGAUCCCGGUGAUCAAGAGGAUUGGAGUCAGUUCUGUCUUCCUGGUCGGGUUUGCAGUCACAGUCUGCUCAAUCGGUCGACUGAACUACCUCGCCAUGCUGCAAGACACGAACGUCACCUGGAACCAUACUGAUCUCGCGCUCUGGACUCUCGUCGAAGUCGACCUAUCCAUGAUCUGCUGCUGUAUGCCUGGCAUCGCCGGACUGGUGCAACGAUACUGGAAAUACCUCCCAUCUUCAGCCAAGUACAAUUCUCAGUCCUGCCUAGGCCGUUCCGACUCGUUCUCGAGCGCUUCUGCUCUUGAUAUCACGGCUUCUGAAAUGCUCGAAGAAGGGCGUGGUCCGCGAAAGUCAGUGAUCGAGGUGCCAAAUGCAGGCAUCGAUGAUCUGCCUUGCAGUCCGGUGCUGCAGGUCGGGGUUGGAGAGACAUUGGUCAACAUCCAGCACUCGAUACCAAACGACACCACACGCGACAAGUUCGUGUACAAGGAUGCGCAUGGAAUCGUGCAUGAGGUAGAAGUUGUGGAUCGGCCAGUGGUGCCGGUGAGAAAUCUGGAUGGCAUUGCUACAGGCAGUAGUGGCAGCGAUACUGCCGUCAAGAGCGGGAAGAGUCUCGAAGGGAAAGCAAGCAGUGGUUCGGGCGACAGUGAUGAUCUAACACCUACAGCUCGCCCCUCGAGUAGACUCUCAAACGCUUCGUGCGCUAUGGACUGGGGUGACAGGACUUUCAAAGCGGCUGCCAUGUUGCAUGAAAUGGCAGGUUUGACCCCGACAUCCCAGACUGCCAUGAGUAGAAGUGAGCUCUUGAGAGUUGUUCACCUCAUGCCUCAAGCCAUCUCCAACGCUGGUGAACCCAGCGAAUACUUUCAAUAUCAUGGUCGGGAGACGAAACCGCCAGUCGCCGAGAAUUCAACGAGGUAA